AUGGGAAAGAAGGCAUGUGUGAUUGGUGGGAGUGGAUUUAUUGCCUCUGUUUUGAUAAAUCAAUUGCUUGAGAAGGGUUAUGCUGUGAAUACAACUGUUAGAGAUCCAGGUAAUCCCAAUAAAAUAUCUCACCUUGUGGAACUGCAAAGUUUAGGAAAACUGCACAUAUAUGGAGCAGACUUAUCAGUUGAAGAAGAUUUUGAUGCCCCUAUAUCUGGUUGUGAACUUGUAUUCCAACUGGCUACACCUGUCAACUUUGCUUCUGAAGAUCGUGAGAAUGACAUGAUCAAGCCAGCAAUAGCAGGCGUAUUGAAUGUGUUGAAAGCAUGCGCUAGAGCAAAAGAUGUCAAACGAGUCAUCUUAACAUCUUCAACAGCUGCUGUAACUAUUAACCAGCUCAACGGGACAGAUUUAAUCAUUGAUGAAAGCAACUGGACUGAUGUUGAGUACUUGAGGACUGCAAAGCCACAUGGUUGGGAAUAUCCUGCCUCCAAAACACUGGCAGAGAAAGCUGCAUGGAAAUUUGCAGAAGAAAAUGGCAUUGAUCUCAUUACUGUGAUACCUACUCUCGCAAUUGGUCCAUCUUUCACUCUAGACAUCCCCACAAGUGUUGUGGUGGCCACGUCCCUUUUUACAGGGAAUGAUUUUUUCUUUAAGGCUUUCAGAGGUAUGCAAUUGUUGUCAGGUUCAAUAUCUAUCACACAUGUGGAGGAUAUCUGCCGAGCACAUAUGUUUGUGGCAGAGAAAGAAUCUGCUUCUGGCCGAUACAUUGUGUGUGCUCACAAUACUAGUAUUCCUAAACUUGCAAAGUUUCUUAGCAAAAGAUACCCUCAAUAUCAAAUUCCAACUGAAUUCGAUGAUAUCCCCUCCAAGGCAAAGUUUGUCAUCUCUUCAGAGAAGCUUGUAAAAGAAGGGUUCAGUUUCAAGCAUGGGAUUGAAGAAAUUUUUGACCAGAGUGUCGAGUACUUGAGCAGUAAGGGGGAUGAGAGAGAGAGAGAGAGACCAGUUGAUGGGGAGUUUUUGGUGGCAAGCAACCACCAAACACCAUCACGUGCUCACCUUCAAUUUGGAGCACACGGAGAUGAAACGGUGCGAGAGGUUAAGUAG